AUGGAGGAGCCGUCGGUACCGCCGCCAUCGCCGGUGGGUGAAGAAGACGACGAGCACGACUCCAAGGAGAGGGUCCUGCAGCGGUAUUUCCUUCAGGAAUGGAAGCUCGUCAAGUCCCUCCUCGACGACAUCGUUUCAGCUCGCCGGGUCUCCGAUCUCUCCGCAGUCCACAAAAUACGAUCCAUAAUGGAUAAGUAUCAAGAGCAAGGCCAAUUAAUAGAGCCUUAUCUUGAGAGCAUUGUCUCACCUCUAAUGGACCUUGUCCGCUUGAGAACCAUGGAGUUAGGUGCUUCCUCUGAUGAAAUUAUGGAAGUGAUCAAGCCCAUAUGCAUCAUAAUCUAUUCCCUGGUUACUGUUUGUGGAUACAAGUCCGUGAUCAAGUUUUUCCCCCAUCAGGUUUCUGAUUUAGAACUUGCAGUAUCUCUUUUGGAAAAAUGCCAGAACACAAAUGCUGCAACAUCAUUGAGGCAGGAAAGUAGUGGAGAGAUGGAAACAAAAUGCAUCAUACUUCUUUGGUUGUCCAUUCUUGUGUUGAUUCCCUUCGAUAUUUCAUCCGUGGACACUAGCAUAGCCAUUGGCAAACACAGUGGGAAAGAUGAGCCUCCUCCAUUGGUCGUGCGGAUUAUAGAAUCAUGUAAGGGCUAUUUGUCGAGUGCGGGUCCUAUGCGGACCAUAGCUGGAUUGCUGCUUUCAAAGCUCUUAACACGGCCAGAUAUGCUGAAUGCAUUUACCAGCUUCAUUCACUGGACACAUGAAAUUAUAUCAUCUGUGGAAGACAGUGUCGUAGAUCACUUCCGUUUAUUAGGUGUCAUUGAGGCUCUUGCUGCCAUUUUUAAGGUCGGUAGCACAGCUAUAUUGGUGAAUGUGAUCGAAGUUCUAUGGAAUGACACAUCACUUUUGAUAAAGUCCCGUACUGCUGGUCGUAGUUCUUUACUUCGCAAGUAUCUGGUAAAACUCACCCAGCGGAUUGGGCUUACCUGUCUGCCUCAUCGUACACCGGCAUGGCGCUAUGUGGGUAAAAACAACACUCUUGGAGAAAAUAUAUCAUCCAAUGUGACAAGAGAUUGCACCCAAGCAGAUCACCAGUUGAACGUGAGCUCCUGUAAUGUCUCUCAAGGAGAAAGCUGCCUUCAAGAGGAAGAUAUGGACGUUCCAGAUAUUAUAGAAGAUAUUAUUGAGCUCUUGCUUUCAGGAUUGAGAGAUGCAGAUACUGUUGUGCGCUGGUCAGCUGCAAAAGGUCUUGGUCGCAUUACUUCACGUUUAACUUACUCUCUUUCAGAUGAAGUUCUGUCAUCUGUAUUAGAACUCUUUUCUCCUGGUGAGGGGGAUGGCUCGUGGCAUGGUGGAUGCUUGGCAUUGGCGGAACUGGCUCGCAGAGGAUUGCUCUUACCAAUCAGUUUUUCUAAGGUUGUUCCUGUCAUCAUAAAGGCUUUACAUUACGAUAUUCGAAGAGGUCCUCAUAGUGUGGGAUCUCAUGUACGUGAUGCUGCGGCAUAUGUUUGCUGGGCCUUUGGCCGUGCAUAUUACCAUAUGGACAUGAAAGAUGUGCUCUCACAACUCGCACCACAUCUUCUAACUGUGGCAUGCUAUGACCGUGAGGUUAAUUGCAGAAGAGCAGCUGCCGCUGCUUUCCAGGAAAAUGUAGGGAGACAAGGAAGUUUUCCUCACGGCAUUGAUAUAAUAAAUACGGCUGAUUAUUUUGCACUGUCUUCCCGUGUAAACUCGUAUCUUCACAUUGCUGUUCAUAUUGCUCAAUAUGAUGACUACCUUCAUCAAUUUGUGGAUGUGCUACUUCAAAGUAAGAUCUGUCAUUGGGACAAGAGUCUGAGAGAACUUGCUGCCACUGCACUUUCUGCUCUUGUGAAGUUUGAUCCUGAAUAUUUUGCGAAUGUUAUUUUGGAGAAAUUAGCUCCGUGCACUCUAUCAUCUGAUUUAUGCAUGCGACAUGGUGCAGUCUUGGCCACUGGGGAGAUGGUUUUGGCUUUACAUAUGCAUAACUACAUUCUUUCCACAGAUAAGCAGAAAGUUGUAGCCGGUAUAGUCCCCGCCAUUGAGAAAGCACGGCUUUAUCGUGGCAAAGGAGGAGAAAUAAUGCGGUCUGCUGUUUCUCGCUUUAUCGAGUGCAUUUCUCAAGCUCAAGUGUCUCUGACUGACAAGACCAGAAGAAGUUUACUCGAUACUCUAAACGAGAAUUUAAAACAUCCCAAUUCUCAAAUACAGAAUGCUGCUGUUGGAGCCCUUAAACAUUAUAUUCCUACUUAUCUUGUGUCCAUGGAAAAAAAGGGAGUCAAUGAUAUUUUGUCAAGAUACCUUGAACAGUUGACUGAUCCCAAUGUGGCUGCAAGACGUGGAUCAGCUCUUGCUAUUGGAGUUCUGCCUUUCGAAUUUCUGGCUAAUGAUUGGAAAUCAGUGCUUACAAAGCUCUGUUUUUCAUGCGGAAUUGAGGAUAAUCCUGACGACAGGGAUGCCGAAGCACGUGUGAAUGCCGUCAAAGGGCUCGUCUCGGUUUGUGAGACUUUAACCGAGGCAGAUCAAUUUUCUGUUCUAAUUUCACAUAAAGAUGGCCGUUCCCUGUUUAACUUUAUCAGGAAUGAAGUGAUGUGCAGUCUUUUUAAAGCUUUAGAUGAUUACUCAACCGACAACAGGGGUGACGUGGGUUCUUGGAUUCGUGAGGCUGCAAUGGAUGGCCUUGAGAGAUGUACUUAUAUCCUCUGCAAGGAAGAUUCUAUUAAUCAAGCGUCAGUUCAUGAACCCGAGAAAACUGAUGGCCCCCAUAGUGACCAAAUUGGCUCGUAUUUUGAUGCCAGCUUGGCGAACGAGUUAGUUGGAGGUCUCGUCAAGCAAGCUGUAGAGAAGAUGGAUAAAAUAAGGGAAUCAGCAGGAACAAUUCUCCAAAGAAUCCUGCAUAAUAAAAUGCAUUUUGUGCCGAAUAUACCACACAGGGAAGUUCUCGAACGAGUAGUUCCGAAUGAGGCUGAUCUUAAGUGGGGGGUUCCAUCAGUCUCGUAUCCUCGUUUUAUUCAACUUCUUAAAGUUGGUUGCUAUAGCAAAUAUGUGGUGUCUGGGCUGGUUAUCUCUAUUGGGGGGAUUCAAGAGUCUUUGGCAAAGGCAUCACUCAGUGCUUUGUUAGAUUAUCUACAGAGUACAGUAACCAAAGGCCAUGAUGACUCUCGAGUGAUGUCAUUCUCUGAGGACAUUCUGUGGGUUCUUGAAAAAUUUAGAAGAUGUGACAGAGUCAUUAUACCCACUUUGAAGACAAUCGAGACACUUUUCAGGGAGAUGUUAUUGUUGAACAUGGAGGCACAAACUCCGGUUUUCUGUGCUAGAGUUUUGGAUUCUCUUGGAGCAGAGCUGAGAGGAGCAAAGGACUUCUCUAAAUUGAGGACGGGAAUUGCAAUACUCGGAUAUGUUGCUUCAAUAGCGGACCCCGUCAGCAAAAGGGCAUUCUCUCAUCUGCUGCUGUUCCUCAUCCACAGAUUUGCCAAGAUCCGGAAAUUUGCAGCCGAUGAAGUUCUUGUUGUCCUACAAGCAAAUGGGAACCUAAUGGCCGAGGACAAACUAGAUGAAGCCACAGAGAUCAUUACACAGACUCUCUGGGACAUCAAUGUAGAAGAAGCUAAGACGAGUAGGCUACAGCUCCAAGAGCUGGCCGGUCUUGAAUGUCAACAAACGGUAAACAGCACACGGACUAAAUCGGAAAAUGAUGUUGAGAGGAAACGGGCAUCGGCUGACGAGAAUGCUUCUUACUCCUCGUUAGUUGGGUCCGCUGGGUUUUAG